AUGGUUACAGCGGCACUUAGUCCUGUCUCGGCUCAAAGCCAAGAGGACGCACAGUUCUGGUGGGAAGAACUGUCACAUUCUCUUCUUUCCCUCAUGCAGAGUGCGCGGUACUCUGUCAAGAGCCAAGAACAGUAUUCUGACUUCGUCAAACAAUUCGUCGUCCCGUCCCUGGGUCCUCGUCCAAUCAAUACCAAAAUGGGCAUCCGGCUCCCUCACUUUGACAGCUUCUGUUCCGAUGACUUCUCUCCAGCCGAGCUGAGUUGGAACGUUGGACUCAAAGGUUCCAAGAUCAGGGUAGGCUCAGAGCCCAUUGGACCGUUCGCAGGAACCUCAAAAGACCCAUUCAACCAAGAUGAGCCCGAGGUGGUCAUAUCUCGCCUGCUACGUCAAGGUCGAGGUCCUGUUGACAGCGAGCUGUGGGAGUUCUUCAAGAAGCACCUCCACGUGGAGGCAAAGUACGCCAACGAUAUUGUGUCCAAGAUGGCGCCUAACGAGCACAUGACGACCAAUACCAUCUCAUUCGACCUGGAGGGAGAAAAUCCAGCGCCAAAGGUGUACUUCUAUCCCAUACCAAUCUCUCUGCUACAGAACAACCACGCCGGCGAGAUCAUCACCGACGUCAUUGCGCAGCUGCCGCUCAAUCUGGCGCCGUCCUUCAACUAUAUCCGUGACUUUGUCUACCACUACAAGAAGCAGCGCGACAACGAGGCCAUCCUUCGUCUGGAGCUAAUCGCAUUCGACGCCGUGCGCCCAACCGACGCACGCUUCAAAAUCUACCUACGCACCAAGGAGACGUGCCUAGCGCGAGUUGAAGAGGUGUACACUCUCGGAGGCACCCUUCAAGGCGCUGAAAUUGACUCGGGCGUGGACCUGAUCCGGUUGUUCUACAUGCACGUCUUGGGGCUUACGGCGCCCGAAGAAGAUCUGGCCCGCAGCACGCACCGGACGGCUGGCAUCAUUUUCAACAUGGAGCUGAUGCAUGAUCGCCUCGUUCCCGUUCCAAAGGUAUAUAUCCCCAUACGACACUACGGGGGGACGGACCUGCGUAUUGCUCAGUCCCUGAGCAACUUCUUCCGCGCGUGUGGAUUCCAGGACCUCGCCGAUACAUAUGUCGAUGAAGUACAAAAGGCUUUCCCCAACCAGGACUUUUGCAACACCAUUGGGCGACACUCUUACGUCGGUCUAUCGUACAACAAGGACGGGCCUUAUGUCACCAUGUACUACAACACCAUGACCUUCUCUACGGGUGAUGAGCGGGACGCGAAUGGCAAACUCGUUGGGCCUGCCGCUAUGAAGCAGCGUCAUUUGCUAGAUUAG